AUGAUUUCCUCUUUUUUUUUUUUUCCCCUUAUCCUUCUGGCCUUUGUUGCUGCCCUGGUUGGCAACAUCUUUCUCCUGUUCAUCCAGGCUAAUAGGCACCUGCACACUCCAAUGUACUUUUUCCUCACCCAACUCUCCAUAAUGGAUCUGAUCAUGAUGAACACAGUGGUGCCCAAGAUGGCAGCUAAUCUCUUGGGCCAUAAGUUCAUCUGUUGGGGUGGCUGUUCUACUCAGGUCUUCCUAGUGGUCAGGGUAGGAGGAGCAGAGUGCUUCCUCUUGGCAAUCAUGGCCUAUGACCGGUAUGUGGCAGUCUGCCACCCCCUGCAGUAUCCUGUGCUUAUGAACUGGCAGGUUUGCUCCCUCCUGGCCCUGGCAUCCUGGAUGGGUGGGGUGGCUGACAGUGUUAUGGAUGUGGGCAUGGUCUUAAGUUUCCCCUGCUGUCACUCUCUGGAGGUGGAUCACUUCUGUGAGGUCCCUGCCUUGCUGCACCUCUCAUGUGCUGACACCUCGCUCUUUGAGGAUCUCAUCUAUGCUUGCUGUGUGGUCAUGCUGCUGCUGCCGCCCCUUGGUGUCAUUGUGGUUUCCUAUGCCCAGGUCCGAAUUAGGAUUCCCUCCACUGAGGGUAAACAGAAGGCUCUGACCACUUGUUCCUCCCACCUGGCUGUGGUGGGUCUGUACUAUGGAGGAGCCAUGUUCAGCUACAUGCAGUGGGCCUCCACUAAAACACCAGUGAGAGACCAAGCCACCUCCAUCUUCUACACCAUCCUCACUCCAAUGCUCAACCCACUCAUUUACAGUCUGAGGAACAGGGACUGUUUUAAACAGGGACUGUUUUACUUUUAA